AGCCAAAAAUAAAAACUCCCGUAGUAACAUGGCGGCUGAAUGGGCCGUAGUGAAUGCAAAGUAGUAAAUAAACACAUUCGGCGCCGACAAUUUACGAUCGCCAAGCCGGAUUCGGCUUAUCAUCCAGCUUUAAGACUGGUUGGCGCCGAUGUUGUCAGCGUGAGGUGGCUUCUGCGUGGCGCCGAUCGGCGAAGAUGAGUCUCAAGAAAAUUCGGCGGCGCCUUUCUCAGACGUUUCGCUUCAGCAUUGAGAGUUCGCUGUCGGAAUUGGCCGAACACCUGGCCAUAGAGGAAAACAACGUUGAUGCAAAAGACAAUGGAAAUGGCGUGUGCUUGCGGAGUCAAAAAAUUUCCAACCUGGGCGAAUACAACCCUAAGCUGUCACUUUCGCAUUCCCGCAUUCUCGACUCUUAUCAUAUGCAUCACGGCGUCGUGCACGAAAACGCGAGAUUCGGCUCUGAUGGAGAGUCGGAAGAAGCGUCUGGAGCGUCUGACGACAUCAUCACACCAGUCAAGCUUCGCCCCAAAAGCAGGCGCUACAGCGAGCAAGACAUCAACAAGCGGUUAUCGCUGCCGGUGGACCUGCACCUGCCCGAGUCAUUUGUGGCCAAGCAGAACGUCAGCCCGACCAUUGAGGGGCCGCUGUCGAGGGCGUCGAGACGGCAGUCUCUUUCGGAAAUUGGGUUUGGCAGGAUGGAGACCUACACAAAGCUCGACAGACUUGGACAGGGUACAUACGCCACUGUGUUCAAAGGCAGAUCUCGUCUGACAGAUAAUCUUGUGGCACUGAAAGAGAUAAGGCUGGAGCACGAGGAGGGUGCCCCGUGCACCGCCAUCAGAGAAGUCUCCCUCCUCAAAGAGCUGCGCCAUGCAAACAUCGUGACAUUGCAUGACAUAGUGCACACCGAGAAGUCAUUAACUUUGGUAUUCGAGUACCUAGAGAAGGAUCUCAAACAGUAUAUGGACGACUGUGGUAAUAUUCUCACCAUGAACAAUGUCAAGAUCUUCCUUUAUCAAUUACUGCGUGGCCUUGCAUAUUGUCAUCGAAGGAGGAUCUUGCACCGUGAUUUGAAACCCCAAAAUCUACUUAUUAAUGAAAAGGGAGAGUUGAAACUGGCUGAUUUUGGACUGGCAAGAGCCAAGUCCGUUCCCACCAAGACUUACUCAAACGAGGUGGUCACCCUUUGGUAUCGGCCACCUGAUGUUCUCCUGGGCACAACAGAGUAUUCAACGCCAAUAGACAUGUGGGGCGUGGGAUGCAUAUUCUACGAGAUGGCGUGCGGCCGACCACUGUUCCCUGGCGCCACCGUUGAGGAGGAGCUGGAGCUGAUCUUCCGGUGCCUGGGUGUGCCGACCGAGUCCUCCUGGUCAGGCCUUUCACAGUACCUUGAGACUCAUGGGCCUCCGAAGAUGUCGAAAAACCAAGAGCCCCUCAUGUCGCGGGCGCCGCGGCUCGACCACGAUGGAAUUGACUUGCUCACAAAGUUCCUCUGCUACGAAGCCAAAAAUAGAAUUUCGGCUGCUGAGGCAAUGAAACACCCCUAUUUCCGUUCACUGGGUCCAAAUAUUCACAAACUUCCUGACAUCGUGUCAAUUUUCACCCUGCCUGGCAUCCAGCUGAGUAAAGACCCCAGCUACAGGGCGUACGGCAUCAGUAAGAACUCAAGCUCCAAAACACGACGCCAAAGCAUGGCCCUUUGAGAGCAAAAGAAAAUGUUUCUCGUGCCAAGCAUCUCCCAAACCACAAACUGAUCCCGACUUGUGCAUUUUCGUCCCUGUUCCGUUCGUAGCAAAGAAGUGAUAAAAAUUAGAGGAAGAAGUGACUUUUGCAGAGGAAUAACUAUUUAAAAGAAAGUGUGAUUUUUCGAUGUUAGUGACAUUUUUUUCCGAGUUGUGUGCCAAAACACCAAGAGUUUCUAAGCUGUUUAUUUUCUCUUCUCGACAAUCAGACCGGCAUUGUUUUUUUAAAAUCAAAUAUUGCACUUUUUGUUUGUUUUGCGAUUUGCGAAUUUGGAGCAUUUAUCGAAGAGCAAUUAUUAUAGAAGGGGAGAGAGUGAAUAAUCGUUGUUAAAAAUUUUCAAAUGAGAAUUGGCAAGAUGUUAGGGUUAAAACAGGGCAUGGAGUGAGAUUGGUCUACAGUGCAAUGCGACAAUAAACCGUCAAAGUCAAAUUUUUGCCUCCGUUUCGUAUGCUCCAUGCCCUCACGAGUUGUUUACUAUUAACAAGAAUUAUUGAUGUUUAGUUUCGAACAUAGCGCAUCUCGUGUGAGAUUUGAAAUUUCAAUAAUUGUGCCAUUCUGAUAAUUAUUCUUGUGAUUCUGUGAACCCGUGUUUAGUCCUCUUUCGAUUCCUAUUAAAUGCUGAUUCCUCGUUUGUCUCCUAUUAUUUGUACGUUUCUGCGCUCUUCGCUCCAUGGAGAGAUAAAAAUUGUUAGACGUAAGUCCCUCUUUCCUUUCAUAGCGAAAAGAGAGAAUUCCGCCCAAUCUGCACACAAUCCUGCCCAACGUGAAGAAAUAAAGAAGCUUUACGGUUAUGAAAAUAUUACACAUGCCUCCUCAUGCGUUUGUUGUCCGAUUUUCAUUGGUACUGCUGUGAGUGAUAGUUUCCGUGCGAUAAUAACAAAGUCCGCCACGCGCUUUGCUGAUGUGAAUGUGGGAGAAAGUAAUUUAAUAUGAGAGUGAGUUCAUCUCAGCAGAUUGCGUUCAUGAGUUGUAAAAGAAGAUGACAUUUUCUUCCCCAAAGUGGUGAAAAGUAUGAUGUAUUAUCUUCUAGAAUAAAACCACAAUUUUUUAAGCAAAA